CUGUCUGGCUUUCCCAUUGAGGACACGCACCAAGUGGAUUGUUGUGUCUGCUGUUUGAAUAAGUAGAAAGCCGAAGUGAGGUUAUGAAUCAGUUGCUAACUUUGCGUAUCCUCAUGUAGAGAGGAUCCGCGGCUUUUAGCUGCUUAAACAUUUGUCGGUGUUAAAAGUGGCGGUGGCGGGCUGGCUCCUCGCCGUCUCGGCGGACGGAGUGUAAGUAAAUGAAAGCGUUGUUUGGAGCCGUUGAACAAAGAGCUUUUCUUCCCUCUGCCAUUGUUGCCGAGCGGAGCGCCUGGUUUCUGACUUAUUCAGAGGUGGUUUCGGACUGUAAAAGUGAGGGGGCGGCCUGUGCUCCAGUCAUGACCUCUGGCAAUGGGAACAAUAACAGCAACGGCAGCCAGCACAAUGGAGAGAGUAAAGCAGCCCAGCCCGUAGUCACGUCCCACAUCCUCACCCAUCUGAUAGAAGGCUUCGUCAUCCAGGAGGGUGCCGAGCCGUUCCCUGUGGAACGUCCAUCCUUCUCAAUUGAGAGCCUAAGGAGACACACUGCAGACUCAAAGAUGGACUGCUUCUCACCAAAGGAGGUAAAAGCCCAGCAGGAGCCCAUGCUGACCUGUGAGCUGUGUGGCCGGGUGGAUUUCGCCUACGUCUUCAAACGGUCCAAGAGGUUCUGUUCUACGGUGUGCGCCAAACGCUACAACGUGGGAUGCACUAAGAGAAUGGGUCUCUUCCCGAACCGCAAAACCACCCUGGAGAACAUGAAGAAACAAAGACCGCUGAACGGAAACCACAAAAACGGCAGUUCGAAGUCAAAAAGAAGAAGCCUGCUGGUCUCCCCCCCGCCUUCCCCGCCUCCGUCCCCCCGCCUCCCCCCGCCUCCCCCCGCCCACUCCGGGCGCGACGGAGAGUCCAGCCAGUGUUCGGACUUAGCUGGCUACAGGACGCCCCAGUCCCCCCUGUCAGCCACGCAGCCCCACAGCUUCCUGCCCAGCGACCCGGGCCAGUGGGACAUUCAGGACGUCUACGAGUUCAUCUCCCUUCUGCCAGGUUGUCUGGAGAUCGCCGAGGAGUUCCGUUCUCAGGAGAUCGACGGGCAGGCCCUGCUGCUGCUGAAGGAGGACCAUCUCAUGGGGACCAUGAACAUCAAACUGGGCCCUGCGCUCAAGAUCUUUGCCCAGAUUAGCACGCUCAAAGACUCGUAGCCAAUCUCAGCCUUUACACACCCAUUACACACACACACACACACACACACACAUACACAAACACACACACACACACACACACA